GAGAGACACCGACACGGACAGGGGGAGAGAGAGGCACCGCUCCGGCACUGGGUCGGUAUGUAGCAGCAGCAGCGGAGCUUCAGUCUGGGAUUAUAAAGAGGGAAAAACGCGCCUUGAACUGAAAAUAACACCGGCUGGAUUAAAAAUAAAACCACCCGACGAUGAAACACACACCGUCCGCUUGAAGGAGAAUUAAAAACACGCCGUCAUUCACUCAUUUAUAACCGUUUUUUUACGAAAAUGGCGAACGACUCUCCGGCUAAAAGUCUGGUGGAUAUAGACCUAGCAUCCCUGCGGGAUCCUGCUGGGAUUUUCGAGCUGGUGGAAGUGGUCGGAAAUGGCACCUACGGACAGGUCUACAAGGGUCGACAUGUCAAGACAGGACAGCUGGCGGCCAUCAAGGUCAUGGAUGUCACAGAGGAUGAGGAGGAAGAAAUUAAGCUGGAGAUCAACAUGCUGAAGAAGUACUCCCAUCACAGAAACAUAGCCACCUACUAUGGAGCCUUCAUCAAGAAAAGUCCACCAGGCCAUGACGACCAGCUUUGGCUGGUUAUGGAGUUCUGCGGUGCUGGAUCCAUCACAGACCUGGUGAAGAACACCAAAGGAAACUCCCUGAAGGAGGACUGGAUCGCCUACAUCUCCAGAGAGAUCCUUAGGGGAUUGGCUCACCUGCACGCCCAUCAUGUCAUCCAUCGUGACAUCAAAGGGCAAAACGUGCUGCUGACUGAAAACGCUGAGGUCAAACUCGUGGACUUUGGUGUGAGUGCUCAGCUGGACCGGACCGUCGGUCGAAGGAACACCUUUAUCGGUACGCCGUAUUGGAUGGCACCAGAGGUCAUCGCUUGUGAUGAAAACCCAGAUGCUACCUAUGACUACAGGAGUGACCUGUGGUCUUGUGGAAUCACGGCUAUAGAGAUGGCUGAGGGAGCUCCCCCUCUUUGUGAUAUGCACCCAAUGAGAGCCCUCUUCCUUAUUCCCAGAAACCCCCCUCCUCGACUCAAGUCCAAAAAAUGGUCUAAAAAGUUCUUCAGCUUCAUCGAGGGCUGCCUGGUGAAGAACUACACUCAGCGCCCCCCCACUGAGCAGCUGCUAAAACACCCCUUCAUCCGGGACCAGCCCAAUGAGAGGCAGGUCCGCAUCCAGCUCAAAGACCACAUUGACCGGACCAAGAAGAAGAGGGGAGAAAAGGAUGAAACUGAAUAUGAAUAUAGUGGCAGUGAAGAAGAAGAGGAGGAAUCAUCUGAGCAGGAAGGAGAACCAAGUUCCAUAGUCAACGUGCCGGGUGAGUCCACUUUACGCCGUGACUUCAUUCGGCUGCAGCAGGAGAACAAGGAGCGAUCGGAGGCGCUACGCCGCCAGCAGCUCCUGCAGGAGCAGCAGCUCCGGGAGCAGGAGGAAUACAAGCGCCAACUACUGGCUGAGAGACAGAAGCGUAUCGAGCAGCAGAAGGAGCAGAGGAGACGGCUGGAGGAGCAACAACGGCGUGAACGUGAGAUGAGGAGGCAGCAGGAGCGUGAGCAGCGACGCCGCGAGCAGGAAGAGAAGAGACGCAUCGAGGAGAUGGAGCGACGUCGCAAAGAGGAGGAGGAGCGUAGGAGGGCCGAGGAGGAAAAGAGGAGGGCUGAUCGAGAACAGGAGUAUAUUCGGCGUCAGUUGGAGGAGGAGCAGAGGCACCUGGAGAUCCUGCAGCAGCAGCUGCUCCAUGAACAGGCCAUGCUACUGGAGUAUAAAUGGCGGGAGCUGGAGGAGCAGCGACAAGCACAGAAGCUCCAGAGACAGCUGCAGCAGGAGCAGGCCUACCUGUUGUCACUCCAGCAAAACCCAAACCUGAACAGUAACAAACCAGGCCAGCAGCAGAGCACCCAACCCCCACAGAACCUGGAGCCUGACAGGGUGAAGCCCCCACAGAGUCCUGAAGGGGAUCCAGCAAAGCCGCUGCAGAACACUGACUCUGAGCGGACUCGGUCCACUCAGAAUCACAGUCUGGAGAAAACCGCAGACAGUGAGCUCCAAGGCCCCGCCCCUGACUCUGAACCAAUCAGAGAGGCUGAUGAGCGGUACCGCAAGAACAUCCAGGGUUCUCCUCAGGCAGCUCAGACCAAACCACAGCAGCCUCCGGUGCCGCCACGCUCCGAGUCUUCCUACCCCAAUGGGAACUCAUCUUCUGAUGCGCCGGCCAUGCAUCGGCCAGUGGAACCACAGGUCCGUUCACAUCUGGCUGCUUUAAAGAGCAGCUGCAGCGUGGCGUCGUCCUCGUCCUCCUCUUCCACUCCGCCCGCUGUUGCGCGCUCGCACUCCUUCAGCGAGCCGCUCGCCCUUAGUUUUGAAAAUCUGCACCUUCGCAACAGCCAGGAACCCCACCACCAGCACCAUCACCCUCCAUCUUCAUCACCAUCCUCCUCAUCAUCUACGCCUGCACGCACUGACCCACAGCCCCACCCCCAUCCUAGACCCCUGCCCCAUGAACCGGCCCCUUCAGAGGAGGUCCCACCCAGGGUUCCUGUCAGGACUACAUCCAGGUCACCAGUGUUGUCGAGGCGAGAUUCGCCUCAUCACCAAGGCAACGCCUCACAUAGCAGCCACGCAGGACACCGCAAUGCUCCCAGCACAGCAGAGCCUCGGCUGCUGUGGGAGCGAGUGGAGAAACUGGUUCCCAGAUCGACCAGUAACACCGGCAGCGGAGGCUCCAGUUCCUCCAGCAGCUCCAGUAACUCCAGUUCCCAGACUGGUUCUCACUGCGGGUCUGGAGAGCGGUUCAGGGCCCGCUCCUCUUCCAAAUCGGAGGGCUCACCCCUCCAGCGGCCAGAGAAUGCUGGGAAAAAGCCUGAGGAGAGGAGGGACUUGGUCAGGCCGAGCAGACCGGCGGACCUGACGGCUCUGGCCAAGGAGCUGCGUGCCGUAGACGACGUUCGUCCCCCAAACAAGGUGACGGAUUACUCCUCGUCCAGUGAAGAGUCGGACACCACAGACGAAGACGACGAUGAAGAGGUGGACCAGGAAGCAGGCGAGGAGUCCACUUCUGGCCCAGAAGAUUCCAGAGCGGUCUCUUCCAGGCUGAGUAACGGAGAGACAGAGUCUGUGAAAACUAUGAUUGUUCACGAUGAAGGCGAGAACGACGCAGGCUCCACGCCCUGCAAAGACAGCACGUUGAUCGUCAGACAGAAUAGUCACUGUAGUUUACCCUUCACUCUAGCUAACACCUUCCCUUCCCCAGAGCUCAUCAGAAACACAUCUAGACCCAAAGUCGUCUACCCCUCUUUCUACUUCCAGAGUGCAGGUGACAAAAAGCGGCCCUCUGCGGGCCCCGGCCCAACUCCCACACCGGUCCUGUUAGCAGGCUUCCCCCCAAGCCCCGGCUCAGUGCCGGGCCUCAGCCAUCACACCCCCAGCCCCCACCAUCAUCACCACCUCCACCACCAUCACCCCUCACAGCACGCAGACAGGAACGGCUUUGCCGGCCGCAUCCACCACCUUCCAGAUCUGAUCCAGCAGAGCCACCAUUCCUCCCCAUCCUCCUCUGCAUCCAACUCCCCCUCCUCCUCCAGCCUCACCAGCCCCUCCAUGUCCCCACAGAGCCCCCUGGACAAGCUCGUCAUCCUCACAGAGAGUCAAUCUAGUAACAACAUGCAGAAACACAAGUCUUCUUCCUCCUUCACACCAUUCAUUGACCCACGCCUUCUUCAAGUUUCUCCAUCCACCGGCAGCGCCCUCAACAAUGUCGCCCUUCCCUUUGACCUUUUAGGUUAUGCGAACGACGCCCGGUUGGCAGAGGCAUUGAGGGCCGACCCAUCCCGGAAGGGCUCCGUGGUGAACGUGAACCCGGUCAACACUCGCCCACAGAGCGACACGCCAGAGAUUCGCAAAUACAAGAAGAGGUUCAACUCUGAAAUCCUGUGUGCUGCACUCUGGGGGGUGAACCUGUUGGUGGGAACAGAGAGUGGUUUGAUGCUGCUGGAUCGCAGUGGUCAGGGAAAAGUUUACCCUCUGAUCAACCGACGGCGCUUUCAGCAGAUGGAUGUCCUGGAGGGGCUUAAUGUUCUCGUCACUAUAUCAGGUAAGAAGAACAAGCUGCGUGUGUACUACCUGUCCUGGCUGAGGAACAAGAUCCUCCAUAAUGACCCAGAAGUGGAGAAGAAACAAGGCUGGACCACCGUAGGAGACCUGGAGGGAUGUGUGCACUACAAAGUUGUGAAAUAUGAAAGGAUUAAAUUUUUGGUUCUGGCCCUGAAGAAUUCAGUGGAGGUCUACGCCUGGGCCCCCAAGCCCUAUCACAAAUUCAUGGCCUUCAAGUCGUUCGGUGAUCUGGUCCAUAAACCCCUGCUGGUCGACCUGACUGUGGAGGAAGGACAGAGGUUAAAGGUCAUCUACGGCUCCUGCUCAGGCUUCCACGCUGUAGAUGUCGACUCCGGGGCUGUUUAUGACAUCUACCUUCCCACACAUAUCCAGACUAAUAUCCAGUCUCAUGCCAUCAUCAUCCUCCCCAACACUGAUGGUAUUGAGCUGCUGGUGUGCUAUGAGGACGAAGGUGUGUACGUCAACACCUAUGGGCGUAUCACCAAGGACGUGGUGCUGCAGUGGGGCGAGAUGCCCACCUCAGUGGCCUACAUUCGUUCCAACCAGAUCAUGGGUUGGGGAGAGAAGGCCAUAGAGAUCCGCUCCGUGGAGACCGGCCACCUGGACGGUGUCUUCAUGCACAAGAGAGCCCAGAGACUCAAGUUCCUCUGUGAAAGAAAUGACAAGGUGUUCUUCGCCUCUGUUCGGUCCGGAGGCUCCAGUCAGGUCUACUUCAUGACUCUAGGCCGAAGCAACCUGCUUAGCUGGUAGAGGUCCACGCCGCACCCUCUUCCUCCUCCUCCUCCUCCUCCUUCUCCGCUUCCUCCUCCUCCUCCUCAUAGCCCUCCACCCUCGCUAACACUGGAUCUCAGAACCCACCGCCGAUGUCCUGUCAGCCAAACAAAAGACCACGAGUCAACAACCAGUAGACGACAACAAUGACUUCACCUUUUCUGCAGAGCUGCGUUUGAGCUUCCGGGCCGGCUGUGAUGCAGUCACAUUGUCGUCGCGCCUCGAAAUAAACCGAGGCGGAAAAUGAAAUUAGUUAAGAAAUGAAAAGAAAUUCAAUUAAAUGUGAAUCAACGAAAAGGGGGGUAAACAGCCUUGUGUCUCCCCCUUUGUUUUCUUGGUGCUCGACAAUUGUGAUGGGAUCGAUUUUUGUACCUCUGCAUCAUUUCUGUGCUCUUGGGCUGGCCAGUAAGCUUGUGGUUCAAACUAGUAGUACUGCUACCACUAAUAUUACUACUACUGCUACUACCUUCUGCAGGUCUGCCUCCUUUCAGAGAUUUCCCACUCUGCUCCGCCCUCGCAGCCUCUCUUAUGAGCGAUUCCUGGGGCUUGUGGGGUCGGAGUCUGUUGUAUUAAUGCUACAGUAGUGUGUGUAAAUGUACUUCUGUUUGGUCCAAUUACUGCUGACGUGUAUGUUAGAGGUCGAGACUGUCUGUUGGGGUGAAAAUUGGAAAAGCCCCGGAGCUGAUGGGACUUAAGGCGGGAGUUAUGGAUAAAGUUUUUACUGUAAGUCUGUCUGAUGAGACUUAACAGAGGCGUCAUUGAAGUGUGGUGUCAUUCGGACAGGGGUGAUAGAGAACGAGAUGCUGAAGCAGAUGGGUUUCAGGAUAGUAUUUUUUGAAUUAUUACUAUUAUUAUUAAUAUUCCUUGAAGAUAAGUGUAAUUAUGUGGAGUUUAACAUGUCUUUUACCUUGUUUUUUAAGAUUUACGCACAUCAACCCACAGUCCACAGUUUGCUUGCUUUUACUCUGAACUCACAGAAGUGCGAGGUGUGUUUGUCAAAGAAAAAAAGUGAUGUGGGUGUAGUCCAAAAAAAAUGAAUAAAUAAAGGUGUCUGUGUAUAAUAAAUGUUCAUUUAAUCUUCUGGAUAGUGUCAGCAGUCAUGGUUUUUCUCCAAACUCGAGAACCUGCACUCAUUUGGAGGGUCGGUGGUCGGCCGUCGGCUCAAAGAUCUGCUGUGAAUAGUCAGAUGUAAGAAGAAAAAAAGAGAAGAUGACAAAGUGGUAAAGGAGAAAGUUCAGUAUGUGUGUGUGUGCGGAGCAUGAGGGGGGGUUCAGUGUGAUCAAUGAACCGGAUUUCAGUAGCAGAGAGGUUAACACGUGGUCAGCAGGUGUGUUUCAGUAAAGGAGUUUUCUAUCUUCACUUUCCUUAUUUCAGACCAUUUCAUUUGUCAUUAGUAUGAAUGCAACGCACUAAGUGUCAAGAAUGUAGACAGACUUAUUACUGUGUGGUGGUCCAAGGCAUGAGAUAAUGUUUUUUUGCUUUGUAACUUGUCACAAGUGAUCAAUCCUAGGUGUUCAAUUUCAAGUUAAGACGAUUGAAAGCUGCAGCAGUGGAGCCUCUACGUCAGGUGUAGAUAUUUUCCUCGGGGCUGUUCUGUAUUUGUUUUGCAGCUUUUUCCCACAGCUGUGAGUUAUCUGUAUGGAAAACAAUGUGUCCGAGCUGAGGGGGGGGUUCACUGGUGUCCUUCGCUAACUUUGUCUGAGCAAUCUUUUCCAUCAAACAAGGACGCAAACCUGAUCGAUUCAACAUUCAGACUCUGGACUUUAGUCUUACUGUGAUUAAAAGCACAGAGCAGGACUUUCCUCACUCAGCUGUGUGUGAAGAAACUGAAGACAGAAACCCACUUUGUCGGGAAGGAAUCUUUUUUUUUUCUCUCUCUCUCUCCCUCUCUUAUUUGUUUCCCCCAUCUUCCUGCUAAGUGGUUAUUUAAGUUAUCUGUAUAUGUGAAAGACUGAGCAGCAAACUGCAGCAGGGAUCUCCCACAGACCAUCUGCCUCGCCGGAUUUUCCUCUGUUUCCACGGCAACUCUGACAGACUGCACGUUAUCCACUCAAAUAAAGGGGUCAAACAAAGGAGAGUCCAGUCUGUGCUCUGACUUCAUGUCCAAACAUGCCUUCGUCAAGUCGCAAACAAGUUUACCUUGGAGCGUGUUUUUUCCCCCCUGAUCAAAACAGUCCCGCAGUACGAGCAGGGUUGAUGUUGAACAGGGGUCACGCAGGGUCACAAACAUCCCCCCUCCUCAAACUGAGGAGCCAUGUGGGUCCCAAUGCUGUGUUGUCUGUCUGUAUGUCAGUGCUGUGUCUAUUAUAGCGUCAAGGCCUUGAUGAGCGGCUCUAUUGACUUCUUUAAAACCUGGAUAUUACUAAUGAGAUUGUUAAUCGCUAGAAAAAUGAUGUGAUGAGGAAAAACGGUCCCUGGUUGACUGACAUCAGAAAAAAGUGCCAAGACGGCAGCAUUUAAAUCAUGUAAACCUAUUGUUAUGAAAAAAACCACUACUUAGAAAUUUCUUUCAAAAAGCUUCACUUGAAACAUUGUGUAUUUUUCCGUUUUGGAACUAGAAGCCUAACAAUAGUUUCUGUAAGUCUGUGUACACGUAAAUAUGCGACUGCGGUGGUUUAACCUUAUUACGCUCACCUUAGGUGCAGAAAAUGUUUACAGAAGCCAUGUUUCGUUCCACUAAUGUCAUCACAGUAUUUAUGUUAAACGCAUAUGCAUCAUCUUUAUUUUUCUUCUUUUUGAGCCUGGUUUUUACUGGAUAUUUUCAUUUUUGUCAUGUCUCCUUCCCCCGCUAAAUAAUCUAAAACAGUAAAGAAGGUGUUCAUUUCAGGUAUUCACUUAACGCUGCUUCAACGUGGAAACAUUGCAGUAAAGUUUCCUGCAGGCUUGGACGUGAGGCGACGUGUUUUUCCUCUGCUGUUUCUGCCAUGCUACUCUAACUUAUGUCCUCUCUGUGUAUGACAGGAAGUCAUGUAUUUUCCUGAAGGUUUUUUUCUUUGAAUAAACUUUAAAAGAAAUUUUAA